AUAGAACCAUAUACACAAACAAUGUCUGCCGAAGCUUCUGUUUCCUACGCUGCUUUAAUCUUAGCCGAUGCUGAGCAAGAAAUCACCGCUGAAAAGUUGUUAGCCAUCACCAACGCUGCUGGUGCUUCCGUUGAAGGUGUCUGGGCCAAUGUUUUCGCCAAGGCUGUUGAAGGUAAGAACUUGAAGGAAUUAUUAUUCUCCUUCGCUGCUUCUGCCCCAGCUGCCUCUGGUGCUGCUCCAGCUGCCGGUGCUGCCGGUGCUGCUGCUGAUGAACCAGCUGCUGAAGAAAAGGAAGAAGAAAAGGAAGAAUCUGAUGAUGACAUGGGUUUCGGUUUAUUCGAUUAAACAAACAAGAAAUAAACAAUUCCAGGUUAUGAUGAUUUUUUAAUGACUCCAUUAAUAUUUUCAGCACAUUCAUUGCAUUAUUAAAUAAUUCCAUACUUUACAGUGGGAUAGCAUAAAAUGUACAACAAUAUAUAAUUUCAAUUUGAAAUACCAAAGUUUACAGUAAUUUAGAAGAUGAUAGGAAUAAGAUACACGUCAACGCAAUGUUCCUUUGAAUCCUAUCAGAGGGAUUUCAUUAGUAAUUACUGUUUGAAUUGUAUCUUGAUCUUUUGUAACAUCUUAAACUUUGUAGUUAACGUAGGUCAUAAGCAUAGGCAGCCAUGUCGUUGUAGACAAUGGGAAUGGUAUGCGAGGGUAACGGAAAGAGUAACUGCAAGUAAUUCUAGAACUGUUAUCUUCAACAGGUUGGGUUGCAAAUGAUAUUUCAAAAUGGAAUU